AUGUGGCGGGCUCAUUUAAAGCCAGGGUUCCGGCGGUUGACGAGCCAGUUCUCCGUCGGGCCACGCUCGCCCGAGGCCAGAGGCUCGGCCCGUGCCUUUGCUGGGCGGGCCUCCCGCACGGGGCGCGAGGCAGCCAAGCCUCCAGUGGAAGCGCAAGCCAAAGAGCCUACGGAGGUGAAAGAGCCUCCGAAGGAAGAACCGAAGGCACAAGUCACUGAUCUGCCAGAUGGUCUGAUUGUGCUGCCGCUUCUCAGGAAGCCGGCAUUCCCUUCCUUCAAGCAGAUCUUACAGGUGAGUGAGCCUGAAGUGAUCGAUCUUUUGAAGACCUAUCGGAGCAAGAACCAGUUCGAAUACAUUGGCGGCUUCUUGAUGAAGGAUGCAGCUGGCCAGGACCCUCCGAGAGCCUUUGGCAGCUCCGAGCCCUCCGGCUUGCGAAGGGAUGCAGGGAAGGCAGAGAGUGUCAACCAAUUGGAAGAGGUGGGGACACUACUCCAGGUCUUGGAGAUCAUUUCCUUCAGCAACAACGCGGGUGGCCAGAUCACUGUGGGGGCUCUCCGCUUGCGACGGGGGACUGGUCACCAUGCUAUCACCCAGCCGCUCUCUUGCCGUGUGGUCGGGUGGACGGACCCACCCGAGCUCGGGUCUUGGGAACCCGGUAUCUACUCUUUAUCAGUGCUUUGCUUUCUUGGUGCCUCCAGCGGUCUCAGCCAGCAACUAGCAGGAACUCUUCAUUGGCGGCCCUUUGCUUCGAGUGAGCCCUUUCAACGCUCGAUUCGUGCCGCGACGCCGCUGCGGGCAAAGAAGAAGGCUGUAGACCCUGAGCGCGCCGCCAAGCGGAAGGCUGCGAUGGAGGCCAGACAAGUGGCCUUGAAGAAGGCCGAAGCAGAAAAGAGGAAUUUAGAGGGACUGCCGCCGGCGCCCGCAGCGCAGCCUGUAGCGACCGCGCGGCAAAGCGCGGCGAGCGCGGCAAAGCGUGCGGCGCCUGUGGCAAGGCCAGCGCCAGCCCCGCGGGCGCAGCCGGGACGGAGGAAGAGGGAUCCUGAGAGAGAAGCCAAGAGGUUGGAAGCGGCCAAGGCUCGGCAAGAGGCGAUCCGGCGAGCCGCCGAGGAGCGGCAGAAGCUGCAGGUGAACGGCCAUAAGCCAGCUGCAGUCGUGACAAAGAGAGAUAGCAAAAGAACCAGGGAGGCUGCCCCAGCAGACCUGGAUUUUGGGAGCAUGACAGUAGUGGAGCUGAAAGAGGAGCUUCGGAAGAGGGGGCUGAAGGUCUCUGGCAAAAAGCAAGAGCUGAUUGAGCGCCUACAGGCGCAGAAUGGGGCCGUACAGGACUCUGGAGCUCCGAGUGCAGGAGAGCAAGGUGCUGCGGCCGACUACACCAAGAUGAAGGUGGCCGAGCUGCGUGAGGAGCUGAAGAAGCUCCAGCAGCCGACGACGGGCCGCAAAGAUGAGCUGAUCCAGCGGCUGCAGGCAGCGACCAGCGCGGAGCGCGCGCAGCCGCAGCCGCAGCGCCCGGCGGUGGGCCAGAAGCUGCGCGGGACAGUGACAGGGCUUAGAAAUUUCGGUGCCUUUGUGGACAUAGGCUUGGGCCGGCCUGCGCUGGUGCGAACAUCGCGCUUGGCGGAGCGUCAUGUCCGAGCAGCUUCUGAAGUGGUCCAGGAGGGCGAGGAUGUGGAUGUCUGGGUCUACCGGAUCACAGCAGAUGGGCUCUUAGGGCUUUCGAUGAUUGAGUACCCCACCUCAAGGUUGCAGGACCCCGUCUCUGCCUUUGAGGGCAUCUCAAGUCGGAAGUGGUUCAAGGGCAAGGUCCGCUACCAGGGCGACCGCGAACUCUUUGUGGACGUGACAGCGCCAGGAGGAGCUGUAGUCCAGGGCAAGCUUGCCAAAGCUGCCUUGCCUCUCAAGAAGGUGUCCGAUGGGCAAGAGCUUGAUGUUCGAGUCGUGGAAGUGAUUGGCAACACGGGCACUCUGAGGUCCACGCCGUAUGUGCCUUUGCCGGUGGUCCGUUAUCGUGCUCUAGAGCCAAUCCAGGCCAUCGAGAAUGUGGAGGAGGCCAAAUCAGCUUUGGCACCAUUGGCCACCGCGGCAUGUUUGACCACCAUGAUCAAAGAUAUUUGA